CGGGAGACCCCUCCCUGUAUGGACCCCGGCCCCACCCCGGAGUCUUAUCACACCACCUCCUCCUGGGAGCUACCCUGAUUGCCUUCACCACCUUUCUUGAAAACUGGUGUCUCGGAAGAAGUUAAUGGAAGCCUCGUGUCCAUGCCCUAGGGGAGUGCUGUUGGGAGGGGCACAGCCCCUGUGAUGUGGAACACGCUCAGAUUCAUCAGUUUGAGUUGCCUGAGGCCCUGCCGCCCCGUGGACCAUGUUUAACGGGGAGCCGGGUCCGGCCUCGGCCACAGGCUCCAGGAAUGUGGUCCGGAGCUCCAGCAUCAGCGGUGAAAUCUGUGGAUCCCAGCAGGCGGGGGGCGGGACCGGGACCACCACGGCCAAGAAGCGGCGCAGCAGCCUCGGCGCCAAGAUGGUGGCCAUCGUAGGCCUGACCCAGUGGAGCAAGAGCACACUCCAGCUCCCCCAGCCUGGGGUCACAGAAGGGGCCACCAAGAAGCUGCGCAGCAACAUCCGCCGGAGCACAGAGACUGGCAUCGCCGUGGAGAUGCGGAGUCGGGUCACACGCCAGGGCAGCCGGGAGUCCACCGACGGCAGCACCAACAGCAACAGCUCCGAUGGCACGUUCAUCUUCCCCACUACCCGGCUUGGGCCCGAAAGUCAGUUCAGCGAUUUCCUGGACGGGCUGGGACCAGCCCAGAUUGUGGGGCGACAGACACUGGCAACUCCACCAAUGGGGGACGUGCAUAUUGCCAUCAUGGACCGGAGUGGCCAGCUGGAAGUGGAAGUAAUGGAGGCUCGGGGCCUGACCCCCAAACCUGGCUCCAAAUCCCUCCCAGCCACCUAUAUCAAGGUUUACCUGCUUGAGAACGGGGCCUGCUUGGCCAAGAAGAAGACAAAGGUGGCCAAGAAGACCUGUGACCCCCUGUACCAGCAGGCUCUGCUCUUUGACGAGGGGCCCCAGGGCAAGGUGCUGCAGGUGAUCGUCUGGGGAGACUACGGCCGCAUGGACCACAAGUGCUUCAUGGGCAUGGCCCAGAUCAUGCUGGACGAGCUGGACUUGAGCGCUGCCGUCACCGGCUGGUACAAACUCUUCCCCACAUCCUCUGUGGCAGACUCUACACUCGGAUCCCUUACCAGGCGCCUGUCCCAGUCCUCCCUGGAGAGUGCCACCAGCCCCUCGUGCUCCUAAGGACCUCAGGAAGAGGCUGAGAUGUGUGUGGGACGGGGUGCCUGCUGGCUCCCACCUCCCCCCUGUACAUAGUCUUCAUUGUCUUUCUGGCCCCCUCGCCCUGCUGCAUGCCUGUUGGCUACUGGGCCCGUCCCAGCUGGCAGUGGAGAGUGUAGUGUGUGUGUGUGUGUGUGCGUGUGUGUGUGUCUGUGUGUGACCAUAUUAUAUCUGUUCAUUUGUCUGGGUAUAGUCAGUCUUGGUGACUACAUGAGCUGAUAUCAUGUCCCUCUGUGUCUCGUUGAAAAGAAUCCCAAAUGAGUGUUGUGUGGACACGACUCGCCCUCAGUCCAGGGAUGGGAGGAGGGAGGUGGCCGUUGGUCCAUCCUGCCUGGUCCUGUGCUGGGGGCAGAGCCCGUAUGUCUCUGUCUGUGCCUCCUCUUGGUGGUCCCUGCUGAGUUUUUGUCUCGUUCUUUGUUCCACCUUUGCCUCUCCCAGCACUGCUGCUUUUUCUGAGGAAUGUAGCAUCCACUGCAGCUGGCCACGAGGCCCCUCUGGGAACCUGACCCCUCCCACCCCGCUCCGGCAGCUUUCCCCACUGAACGCAUCUGCAGCAUGCAGCAUGGUCCUCCAGUGCCCUGCCAGGGCCGGGAAGCAGAGAAGCUGGGGAGCUGAGGGCGCGGAGGUUGCUUCCUCCCUCGGGCUGGAGCCAUCUCCUGCAAGCAACUCGAGGAGGUCUUAGUUCCUGGGGUUGCUGGCCAGAUACCUUAGGGGGAAGUUCCGGUACCGCCCUUAGCACUGCUCUUCACCUCCUGCCUCCCUCCAAGCCCCCUCGCCUCUGACAUGCCAAAGGAGCUCUCCCAGUGGACCCCAGGAGCUAUGGAUGGGAGGGUCUUGACAUGCAGGAGGCUGGCCUCAGAGGGGAGGUAAUCUGCCAAAGCAGACCGUCCCUGGAGGCACCUGUGUCUUCCCAGGCUCAGGGGGUGGUCCUGUCCC